AUGUUAUCAGAAGCUCUCAGACUGUCCUUUUUCUACUUCGCCAUAGUCUUCACCUGCGGCGUCCUGUUCGGUUCCGUCCGCGUGCCGUUCCUACAACCCACGCUUCUCGGCGCGCGCUAUGCCGAGUUGCUGGAGAUGCCACUCAUGUUGUUCGUCAUAUGGGAAUCGGCGCAACUGACCAUCUCCCGGUUGACGAUGAUGAAUGGUUCCGGCGGCACCGGCACAGGCAACAACGCUGCGACAGGCACCGGCACAACCGCAACCACGACCACAACCACCGCCGACGCCAAAAAGGUCGACGAGGACGACGACAGCACCACCUCAAAUCAACAGCAACAACAACCCCUGACUCCAAUCUUGAUCGGGGCGCUGGCGCUGGCGUGGCUGGUCGGCGUCGAACUCGCCACCACGGCCAUUCUACAAGGCGGAUGGUGGAACGGGGUACGGGUGUACUUUGUCGGCCGCGACGUGGUCGCCGGCCCCGUGUACGGGUUGGCCGUGCUUUCGUACGCCGUUAUGCCGUGGUACAUUUGGCUCUGUCGGCGGCAGCAGACGAAAUGGGCAAUUGACUUUGACGGGUCAGUGGAGGAGGAUGGAGGGUGGUUCUGA